AUGGGAGAAUUAGGCAAAUCAUCUGGAUACGACUCUGACGAGGAGCUUGAGCCAUAUCACCCAGAUAUUAUGAAUACCCAUUUUCCUUCGGGAUUCAAAAACUCGCAUGUCUCGUCCUAUGACGGAACUACAGAUCCGAUCUCGCAUUUGAAUAACUUUAACACGAUAAUGCGAGAGAGUAACGUGAUGAACAAUUUACGCUGUAUUUUGCUCCCCACCUCGCUUGUCGGAGCAGUGAGUAGCUGGUUUAACAAGUUCACUCGUCAUUCAAUAAUUUCCUGGGAGCAGCUGUCUAGGGAUUUCAAGAAGCAAUUUCAAGCCGCUAGGGAUAGGCGACCCAAAGCGGCCUCGCUAACCAAUAUAAAGCAGCAGCCUAACGAAACACUUAAGGCGUACUUAAGCCGUUUUAGCACGGCUGUCGCUAGGGUUAGAAACUUGGAUGACAGCACGCAACUUAUAGCCCUUCAGGCGGGGAUCUCCACUGAUCCAUUAACCGCCGAGGGCGAGUUGUGGGAUGAUUUUCAAGGAUGUUCGGUAAGAAACAUCAUUGAGUUCAAUGAGAGGGCUCAAGUGUUUGUUCCGAAGGAAGAAGCCCGAAAGGAAAUGAACUUGUUGAAAACAAGCUCAAGAGGUAAACUCAGCAAUGUUUCAACAGGGACUGCUUCCACGAGAAUUGAUAACUCGGGGGCGUCUGGUCCAAAAAGAAAGGAUGGAAUUAGGGAACCUUCGAAGGAUAGAAAGAAACAAAAGAAGCAUGACAAAUACGUGCCAGUGUAUACUAUUUACACCGAGCUUAAUGAAACUCGGGAAAAAAUUUACCUUGCACAUGAGCAGAAGGGGAAAGCAAUAUCGCUCAGAAGAGAUGUUAAGGAGAUAAAGAACAAGCAGUUGGUCUUUGCCCCAGAACCUUCCAAGAAGGUGAAAACCGAGGAACCCCCCAUUAUGUUCACAGAGGAAGACGAGAAGAACGUGAGAUACCCUCACGUCGAUCCAUUGGUCAUAACCAUUCAACUCGCCAAUAAGAGGAUCAAGAGAGUGUUAAUAGAUAAUGGGAGCUCGGUAAAUAUCAUUUAUAAGGAGACUCUAAAGAAAAUGGGGCUCGAAAAUGCUAAGUUAAGGCCUUGUAUGGUGAAUCUUUGCGGAUUCACCGGGGAUAGAAUUGCUAGCCUUGGCAUAAUCGAGCUCGCAUUAACUUUAGGCGAGGCACCUUUAACUGCUACUAUUAUGCAAGACUUAUAG